AUGGAUCAAUCCCAGGCUCGCUUCCUAUCCCCAGUGCACCAGCAGCAGCAGCACCAGCUGCAGCAGCACCAGCUGCAGCAGCACCAGCAGCAGCAGCACCACCAGCAGCAGCAGCAGUGGGAGCAGCAGCAGCAUCAAGAGGAGGAGGGGGAGGAGAUGGAGCAGCAACAGCAACAGCAACAGCAGCAGCAAGUGGAAAAUUACAGAACGAGGUGGCAGCAGAAGGCAGUGCGGCAGUGGGGAGAGGAAACGGGAAAGGCGGGGCAAAGGAGCCGAGAGAGUGUUAGGCCGGGCGGAAGCAGAGGGAUCACGUGGCAGGGUGCUGGGGAAGAAUCAAAAGCGGGGGAACAAGGGGGCGAUUUGAAAGGGCGAGGGGGAGGUGGCGGGAGGGAGGGGGGGGAGGCAGCAGAGGGGAGGGGGGGAAGAGGGGCAGCAGGGGCAGCAGGGGCAGCAGGGGCAGCAGGGGUAGCAGGGGUAGCAGGGGCAGCAGGGGCAGCAGGUGCAGCAGCGGGGGACCAUGGGUCGGCACGGACAGGGCUGGCGUUUGUGGGGCGGGAGAGGGGGGGGCGGCGGGGGGUGAAGCGAGUGAUGGUGCGUGUGCCGCAUGUGCGGGCGGAGAUGGCAUACAACGUGGAUGAGUACCUCGCCAAGCACCCUCUCUUCUCUCGAUACGGUGCGUGCGUGCGUGUGGGUCUGCGUGCGUGUGGGUCUGCGUGCGUAACCCUGUCGUUUCUUGCGUGCACUGCUGCGUCUCUCCAUGCGUUAUCUUCUCUCCAUACCUUGCCUCCCCUGCCUCCUUCCCCCUGCUGCCUCACCCCCACCACUGCCUCUUAUCCCCCAUGUGUGUGUGCAGAGAAGCGGGUGCGAGGGGAGGAGCGUUACCCUGGGUUGUUGAGCGCGCACGGAGUCCCCGCACACUCCCCCCUCGUGCCUUCCCAUUCCCACUCGCCCUUCCACACCCCCCCCCGUGAGUCGCACCCACCCACACAUGCCUAUGCACUCGCACAUGCCACCGCACUUGCACAUGGCACUCCGCAUGAAUCAGAGCAAGGCUAUCCCCACGUGUCAUCGCCCAACCAUGCCCACAGCCACUCAUACACCCACACAGAGGCGCGAGACCUGUCUCUCCCGCGCCCCAUGCACCCAUCCCCAUCACACGCCGCAGAGCAUGGGCAUGGGCGCAUGGGGGGAUGGCAGGGGGGGCGGGGCGCACAGGAGGAUGGCGGAGCAGGCAUGCGCGUGGGGGGAGAAGGGGGGGCGGGGUUGGGGAGAGGAGUUGGAGGGGGAAGGGGAGGGGGGGGAGUGGAUGUGCGGGGUGGGAUGGUGGGGAUGGUUGGGGAGGAGGAAGGGGAGGCAGCAGAGAAUCUCCUGUGGCGCUUGGAAGAGCUGCAGUGGCUCAAAAGUCACACUGCUCGCUCGUGCUGCUGCUCUGCUCUGCUCACUCGUCUCCCCAUUCCUGUCCGCUCUCCUCGUUCAUCUCCUCUCCUCAUUCAUGUCCCCUCCCCAUUCCUCUCCCUCUCUCCAUUCCUCUCCGUUUUCGUCGCUCACUCAUCUCCCACUCCCUCCCUUUCUUUUCCCUGCUUCCAUUGCCUUUCCCACACUCCUCACCACCACCUCUCUACUCCCUACUACUCCCACCUCUCCCGUUGCAUGCCCCCCCCCACCCAUCACUCCUUGCAGGUGCGUGUGCGUGCUCUGUCUGCCCAGCUCCUGCGAUCUGCCUCCUCUGCUCCCACCACAACCCACCCGCCUCUCCCUGCGGGUGCUGCUCGUGCUGCUGCUGCUGGCGGUGGUGCUGCUGCUACUGCCACACAACAUCAGGCAGGAGCAGCAGUGGGGGUAGCAGGGGUGCGGGGUGCAGGGGCGCCUGCACAUCACAAUCGUUCCCAGCACUCACAAUACCCCUCCACUGCACCUGUAUCAGCCCCGAGACCCACUGCAGCAGCUGCUGCUGCCGCCACUCGUGCUGUGGGUGGCAGUGCUGCGGUUACCCCAAUCCCCCUCCCACCUCCUCCCAUCCCAGCCAUUUCCUCCUCUAAAACCGUUUCAUCUGCCCGUUCUGCUCCGGUCCAAUCAGACGGGUCUUUUCGCCUGGGCAGGGAUGGGGCAGGGCAGGAGCAGGAGGAAGCAGACGGCGGCGAUGCGUUUUCUGCAAAGCGGGACCCUCAGGGGAAGGGCCGAACACAUGCCACUGCAGCUGCAGCCGCAGCAGCAGCCGCAGCAGCAGCAGCUGGUGGUGGUGGUGGUGGUGGUGGGGGUGAUUCUGCAGUUGGGAAGCCAAUAAAUGCAGCUGCUGCUGCUCCUGCUCCUGCUCCUGCUCCUGCUGCCACUGCCGCUCACAAACACCCUGUGCUACCAGCCGCAGCUGCUGCCGCCAUUGCUGCUGCUGCUGGUGGGGUAAGCAGUCAUGUACGAGCGUUACCAGGCGCAGAAGCAACACCGGGAGCAGGAGCAGGAGCAGCAGCAGCAGCAGCAGCAGGAGCAGGAGCAGCAAGCAAGAGGGGGGGCAGUGGGGACUCAACACAACGAGCAGCAGAAUCAGACGCCCCUUCCUCCUCUGCUGCUGCCGCUGCCGCCGCUGCCGCCGCCGCCGCUGCAGCAGCCGCCGCAGCAGCAGCGGCAGCAGCAGCAGCAGAGGAAGCAGCAGCGCAUGAGAGUGGGUGGAGAGUGAUUGUGAGGGGCGUGAGGAGGGAAUGGAGAGCGGGGCAGGGAGGCAGGGGGAGCGAUGUGAUUGGUGCUCGGGAACAGACUGUUGCAGAGCGACCAAUGGCAAUGGGGGGACGGGAGGGAGGACGGGAGGCAGCGGCUGCAAUGGUGACUGGGGGGAGAAAUUGGGAAGGGAACGUGUUGAAAGGUAGGGCAGAGAGAGCAAUGGCAGGCAGUGGGAAAGGUGGGGGAGUGAGGGAUGGAGAGGGAGAAAGAAGAGCAGUGCUGAGAGGGGGAAUGCGGUUGCAGGGAGAAGGAGAGGGGGCGGCUGAUGGGGGAGUUGAGGGAGCAGAUGGGACACGUGGGUGCAGGGCGGAGAAAGAGGAAGGGGGGAGGGGGGUGGGGGAAGGGAGCGGUAUGGUUGAAGGCAGGGCGGUGGGGGAAGAUGAGGACGUGGAUGAAGGGAGGAUGUAUGAUGGCAAGAACGGCGAGAGUGGGAUGAAUGGAAGCAUGGUGGAGAUGGGUGGAAGAGAGGGGAUGAGUGGAAAGGAGGGAGCGAGUGGAGUCGAGGGGAGAGAUGCUGAAGGGGAAGACCCUAGACGGGGAACCCGAGGAGGGAAGGGCGAUGUUGGGAACGAGGUGGGGAAGGGGGAGUUGGGGGACGGAGGAGGAAACGAGCGAGGCAGGGCUGGUGCGCAUGAGUCAGUGAAGGACGCAGGACAGGGGGCAGAGACGAUUUCUGAGUCGACGCACAAGCCACCUGGUGAGUCAGUGACGGGUACUGAACUCGUGCGUGAAGGGCAUGGGGACCUUCCCGCGUGGCGGCAAGAGCGCCUCGCAGCACGAGAGCAGGAGCAGCAUGUGCAGCAGCAGCGGCAGCAGCAGCAGCAGCAGCAGCAGCAGCAGCAGCAGCAGCAGCAGCAGCAGCAGCAGCAGCAGCAGCAGCAGCAGCAGCAGCAGCAGCAGCAGCAGCAGCAGCAGCAGCAGCAGCAGCAGCAGCAGCAGCAGCAGCAGCAGCAGCAGCAGCAGCAGCAGCAGCAGCAGCAGCAGCAGCAGCAGCAGCAGCAGCAGCAGCAGCAGCAGCAGCAGCAGCAGCAGCAGCAGCAGCAGCAGCAGCAGCAGCAGCAGCAGCAGCAGCAGCAGCAGCAGCAGCAGCAGCAGCAGCAGCAGCAGCAGCAGCAGCAGCAGCAGCAGCAGCAGCAGCAGGAAGAAGAGAAGCGGCAAGAAGAGCAGCUGGGAGAACAGCAGCAGCAGCAGGAUGUGCAGAAGAAGGAGCAGGAAGCACCCAUAUUUGAUGAGCCUGUAACAGUGGACGUUAGGGACGGUGUGAAGGACGGUGGGAAGGAGUUGAGUGUGGUUGAGGGGUUGGGGGUUGCCGGGGCGGGAGAGGAGGGAACUGUUGGUGCUGCUGCUGCUGGUAAUGGUGGCGAGAGUAUGGUUUCCAGCCCUCAUGGUGCCUCUUCUGCAUCUCGUCUCGCCUCUGCUGCCUCUCCUGUUCCUCCUGAGGCAGCACGGGGAACGGAAAGGGGGGGAUUGGGAGGGGAGAAACGAUCUGCAGUUGCGACGGACAGGCGGAGAAGCGAAGGAGGGGAGUGGCAGAGAGGAUUGGAGGGGAAGAAGGAACGGGACGAGGAGACGAAAAGGGAGGUGGGGAGGGAAGGUGGGGUGGUGAGGGAGGGGAAGGUGGAAAAAGGGGGGAGGGUGGACGGGGGUGUUGAGAUGGAGGAAGAGUGGGGGUUGAGAAGAGGGAGGGACGAGAAGCGUGCUAAGGGUUUGAACGUGCCUCGCAGGAAGAGGAGGAGGACGGUUCGGAAUGGGUGUAGUAGUGGCAGCAGAGGAGCAGAGGAGGGAGGGCUGGUGGGCGGAGGGGAGGGUAAGGGGGGAGAGGAGGGAGGCAGCAGCAGCAGGGAUGGAGAGGCGGAUGGUGGGAGGAGUGAGGGGGUGAGAGGCGUGGUUAAGGAGAGGAGGGUGAGAGUGGGGGUGGAUGUUAAGUUGGAGAUAGAGGGAGGGGUGACGGUGGAAGGGAGUGUGAGUGUGGAGGGUAUGGGGGAGAAGGUGGUGGGUAGCGUGGCUGUUCUGGGUUCUGGUGGUGCUGCUGCUGUGAGGUCAAGUUUCUACUCUCGAGAAAUUGAGGAGGAGAGCGAGGAGGAGGAGGUGGAAGAGGAAGAGGAGGAGAGUGAGGGGGUUCAGGGGGCUGGGAGCAGGGGAGACGACAGGCAUUCGCUACUGCGUGCGUAUGGCGAUGGCGUGAAGGGGAGCGAUAGAGGAGAGGGUGAGGACAAGGAAGGGAAAGAUGAAAAAGGGGAAGAGGAGGAGGAAGAAGAGGAAGAGGAGGAAGAGGAAGAGGAUGGAGAUGCAGGCAGUGAUGACUGGUUUAGCCCGAGUGAGGAACCGACAGGGCGCAUGGAUAGAACCAUGGGAAGGGGUGGCUCGGGCAGGGGAAGAGGCAGGGGGCGAAAGGACAGACGAGGAGGGGGUGUUGGAAGGGGGUCCCGAGGGACGUUCGGAGGUGGGGAUGGUAUGGGAAGGAACAGCGGAGAGGAUGGGGGCGCAUCAUGGGGGAAAGCAGGUGGUGGUGGUGUAGGGAGAAGUGGGGGAGGUGGUGGGAGGCGAGUAGGUGUGGGGGAGAGUGGGGUGGUGGUGGGAGGUGGGAGGGAGAUGGUGGGUUGGGCACGAGGGAGGCGGACAGUGGUUGUGAACAGGGUAAAGGGACGUCUGGGUGAGGAGAGGGAAGCAGAGGGGCGAGGAAAGGAGGGGAGAGGCGGUCGGGAGGGGGAAGGGGAGGUGGAAGGGGAGGUGGAAGGUGGGAGGAAGGGAGAGGAGGAGUGGGGAGGGGGGUUGCAGAGGGUGGAGAUGGGUGUGGAGGGGUGGGGCGGGAGGCAGCAGCAGGAGGGGGCCGGUGUGCAUGGAGUGACUAGGGUGCGAUCAGGCGGGGUGAAGAGCAGCAAGUGGGGUCGCAAGUAG